GCGCCCGGCACUUUUCGCGCGGGAAAAGGCGGCGGCGAUCCGGCUGUCGGGGCCAUGGGGCUGCUGCAGCGGUGCGAGGAGGUGUUCGGCACCGCCGACCUCUACCAGGUGCUGGGCGUGCGGCGCGAGGCGUCGGCCGGCGAGGUGCGGCGCGGCUACCACAAAGUGUCGCUGCAGGUGCACCCCGAUCGGGUGGCCGAGGGCGCCAAGGAGGACGCCACCCGCCGCUUCCAGAUCCUCGGGCAGGUCUACGCCGUGCUGAGCGACCAGGAGCAGCGGGCCGUGUACGACGAGCAGGGCGCCGUGAGCGACGACAGCGACGCGCUCGCGCAGGACCGCGACUGGGAGACCUACUGGAGGCUGCUCUUCAAGAAGAUCUCUCUUGAGGACAUUCAGGAAUUUGAGAAGACCUACAAAGGGUCUGAGGAGGAGCUGACUGACAUCAAACAGGCUUACCUGGACUUCAAGGGGGACAUGGACCAGAUCUUGGAGUCGGUGCUGUGUGCACAAUAUGCGGAUGAGCCCAGGAUCAGGAGCAUCCUCCAGCAAGCCAUCGAGGCCAAGGAAGUGCCAGCCUAUCGCGCUUUUGUCAGGGAGUCGCAGCAGAAGAUGAAUGCGAGGAAAAGGAGGGCUCAGGAAGAGGCUAAGGAAGCGGAGCAGAGCAGGAAGGAGUUGGGGCUGGACGGAGAAGUUGAUAACCUGAGAGCCAUUAUUCAGAGCAAACAGAAGGAUCGACAAAAGGAAAUGGACAGUUUUCUGGCUCAGAUGGAAGCAAAGUACUGCAAACCUUCCAAUCGAGGAGGGAAAAAAACAGCCCUCAAGAAAGGAAAAAAAUAGUAGAGUAUUCUUCUCAGAAGUCCUCAAUUGUGAGUUGGUGUUGUCAGCAAGGUGUGGUCAAGAGCUGAAGGCUAGUCAUCCCACACUCAGGUGUUUUACAGCCUGUAUUGUUCGGAUGAGUUGUGAAAAUCCAGCAGAAGCACUAAGCCCAACUUGACAACCUCGAGU